GGGUCCUUUUGGGGGCACUGCUGUUGGCGAUUCGUCGCCAUUACAGGGCUGCGGUGGUAGCGAGGCGGCGUCGGUUGUGCCCAGGCGGCCCGAGGGAGGGUUCCCUUGGGCGGCACAUCUGCUCCGAGCCCGUUUAGGCCGGAGUCAGCGCCGGGCCGUCUUGGCCCUGCGGGGCUCCUCCGCCGCCCCUCCGCCGUUCCUCCCGUCCCGGGGGCCCCGCAGGCCCGGCCGCGCUCGGCGGCAGGUGAGGCUGUUAACUCGACAAGUGAGUUCUGUUCAUUCCUCUCGUCAAGGCGAAGCCAUAAGGAAGAUGUCGCCAUGAAGGUGGCCGAGACUCCUGAGCUGCGUCGACCCCGCUGCCGGGCCAUGAGCCUGGGCUUCGGCCUCAGCCGCCGCCGCCUUCUUUCGCCCUCCCGCAACAGUAGCGCCCCCGCGGCGCCCGUGGAUGCUGCGGCGUCUCCCCACGCAGGUAGCAGCAUCGGCUCUCACCGACGACGGGAUGGACAAGAGCAGCCCCUGUGGCUCCAAUCUCGGCCCCGGUUCCUCGGCGGCAGGAGGCAAAGGGCAGCAGCCCCGCUCUAACUCCACCGGACCGGCCGGCGGAGAUUCCAAGCCCAAAGGCGAUGGAAAAAAUGCAAAUGGAUCCAGGCAGCGUUAUAAUCGUAAGCGAGAAACUUCAUAUCCAAAAAAUGAGAACUUCUCCAGCCAGCCCCGUCGCUCCACUUCACAGAAAAGCAAAGCUUUUAAUAAGAUGCCCCCUCAGAGGGGAGGACAUGCCAGUGGUUGCAAACCUUUUAGUGCUUCUUUUAAUGGUGGGAGACGAGAAGAGGUAGCAGAGGCCCAGCGGGCAGAGUUCAGCCCUGCCCAGUUUUCUGGUCCUAAGAAGAUCAGUCUGAACCACUUACUGAAUUUUACCUUUGAACCCCGUGGCCAAGCAAAUCACUUCGAUGGAAAUGGCCGUGGCAGCUGGGGGAGAAGGAACAAGCGAGAGAACAAACCUUUUAACAAGGAGCUCUUUCUGCAGGCUAACUGCCAGUUUGUGGUUUGUGAUGAUCAGGAUUACACAGUUCACUUCACUGACCCAGAUACCUUGGUCAAUUGGGACUUCGUGGAACAAGUGCGAAUCUACAGCCAUGAAGUUCCCUCCUGUCCAAUAUGUCUCUACCCGCCCACUGCAGCUAAGAUCACCCGCUGUGGGCACAUCUUCUGCUGGCCGUGUAUCUUGCACUAUCUCUCUUUGAGCGAAAAGACUUGGACUAAGUGCCCUAUCUGUUAUGGCUCCAUUCACAAGAAGGACCUCAAGAGUGUGGUUGCUCUGGAAACCCACCAGUAUGCAGUGGGUGAUACAAUUACCAUGCAGCUGAUGCAGCGGGAAAAGGGGGCCUUGAUGGCAUUGCCAAAAGUGAAGCUGAUGAUGAAUGUGGAGCAGCCUGUUCACCUGGGAGAUAAGCAACACACUCAAUAUUCAAAGCUCCUUCUAGCUUCCAAGGCUCAAGUGCUGCAGGAGGUAAUUGCAGAGGAGAAGGUGGCCCUCCUACAGCAGUAUGAGGAGGACAAGCACACACCUGAAGCAUGUUUCAUUGAAGCUGCCAUCCAGGAACUGAAGGAUCGAGAGGACAUCUUGGUCUCUGGACAAGAUAGGGAUGAUGAUAUUGCAGAGACCACUACCGCAGUGGAAGAAUUAGUCCUGAUGGGUUCCUCUGACAGAGAAGAAACAGUAGCCCAAGAGAGGAAGUGUGCCGUAGAGUAUCUUUCUGCUUUUGAUGAAGAGAUCCUGGAACCUCCUUCUGAGGAUUCUGCCAGUGCUGUCCUACCCCUCGCUCAGACUAAGGAGGAGGCUGUGGUGGAUGCUGUUGAAGAUUCUGUGGACACAGCAGGCCCACAUCAACUGGGUGAGGCUAGUCUGUCUGAAGCUGCCUGUGAGGAAUCACUGCUGCCUUCAGCAUUCAGCAGCAGGCACCCAAGUAGUUCUCCAUGCUACUAUUUCUACCAAGCAGAGGAUGGCCAGUGCCUAUACCUUCACCCAGUGAAUGUUCGCUGCCUUGUGCAUGAGUAUGGCAGCCUAGAGAAGAGUCCAGAGAAGAUCACUGCCACUGUGGUUGAGAUAUCCGGCUACUCCAUGACAGAGGAUGUUCGGCAGCGCCAUCGUUAUCUGUGUCACUUACCACUCACCUGUGAGUUCAGUAUUUGUGAACUGGCUUUGAAGCCUCCCGUGAUUUCACAGGAAACUUUGCUGAUGUUUGCAGAUGACAUUGAAAAAAGAAAGCGCUUGAGACAGAAGAAAGCUCGAGAUGAGCGGCGUCGGGAACGUAGGAUUGAGUUGGAAGAAAACAAGAAGCAGGACAGAUAUCCAGAGGUUUCGAUCGCUUUGGAGAACUUGCAGCAGUUUCCUGCCUUCAGCUCCUCAGAAGAACCCUGUGGCACCGAGAACCAAAGCAGUGCUCUGCCAUCAUUACUCAGUAGAAGCCCUGUGUCUCAACCAGAGUCUUUGACUCCAGUGUCACCUACAGCCAGCCUCAGCAGCCCCUCUCUGUGUGUUGGGAGCCUAGAGGAAGAAUCUCCCUUCCCCUCAUUUGCCCAGAUGUUGCGGGCUGGGAAAGCUAAACCAGAAACAUGGCUGAAAACUAUCCCAAAGAAGAAAGAAGAGAAUACCACCCUGGCACCUCCUGCUGCAGGGGACAGUGAUGGGGAGAGUGAUAAUUCAGACCGAAUACCUGUGCCUAGUUUCCAGAAUUCCUUCAGUCAGGCAAUGGAAGCAGCUUUCCUAAAACUGGACAAGCCAUCCACUGCUAGCCACUUCUUCGAAGAGAAAAAAGGAAAGAAAAAGAAACAGAAGCAAACUCUGCUGUUCAGCACCUCAGUGGUUCAUACAAAAUAACCUUGGUAACGGACAGGUUUCUUUCAUUUGCUUUCGUGUGUUCUUUAUUUUAUUGUUUGCUGCUAUAGGUGAAUAUUUUACGUUUCAGCUGAAUAAAGUCUGUUUCUGGAACUGGGCUGUGGUGGGGAUUAAAAGCAAGCUUCUGUUCAAUUAAUUCACUUGUUGAUACCAAAAUAAAGUAUUAAAAUUCAGACCCUUCAGUCAGUGUUUCAGGUUGUGCCAAGCUUAAUUUUAGCCUGACUUGCGGGUGGUCUGUGGGGGAAAAACUGUGCUGCCAGCAUGGUGCAGUUGUGUGCUACACUAGAGGCAGGGAUUCCAAUGGUAAGCCUGUGUGGACAGAUGGGAGUGUAGUAGAUACAGAAGGCUGAGCAACAUGUCCUCUUGCUUCCCUGGAAAUAACGAAUGCCUCUAGAGCACACUUAGGCCCCUUCCACACAGGGAGAAUAAUGUACUUUCAAUCCACUUUCAAUGCACUUUGCAGCUGGAUUUUACUGUACAGAAUAGCAAAAUCCACUUGCAAACAAUUGUGAAAGUGCAUUAUUCUGCAUGUGCGGAAGGGGCCAUGUAGAUUAAAAUUUCUAAUUUUAAAAUAACAGGUGGUGGCAAAAUAAUUUGGUUCUAUUACACCUUCUACAGUCCUUGACUUUAGAGGGAAGGGCUUAAAUAGAGCAAUAAUAGGCUCAGAGAGCCAUUGUACUCAGUCUGGUGAUCUAGCUGUGUGUGGUGUUAUCAUAAGACUGAAAGAAGCAGAGUAUGAACAGGUAGUAGCGUGGUUAAACAUCUUUGUCGCUUGAGGUCCAAAGACUAAGGACAUGCUGGUCUCCUCGGUAUAAUGGUGUGGGUUUGGACUUGGUUAUUUCAGCCAUACUUCUCUCCCUUCAUUUAAAAAAGAUCAUUGCUUGUGGCUUAACUGGGAACUUAUUAAAAGCUGUGUUGAAUACAGUGAGCUUCAUGUAUCAUACCAGCAAAGGCAAACAGUUUCAAUAAACGUAUGAACACAGGGCUA